GGAACACCAGAUGCAUUUUCCCAGUUACUCACCUGUCCAUAUUGUGAUAGAGGCUAUAAACGCUUUACCUCUCUGAAAGAACACAUUAAGUAUCGCCAUGAAAAGAAUGAAGAUAACUUUAGUUGCUCCUUGUGCAGUUAUACCUUUGCAUACAGAACCCAACUUGAACGUCACAUGACAUCACAUAAAUCGGGAAGAGAUCAAAGACAUGUGACGCAGUCUGGGGGCAAUCGUAAAUUCAAGUGCACUGAAUGUGGAAAAGCUUUCAAAUACAAACACCACCUAAAAGAGCACUUAAGAAUUCACAGUGGAGAGAAGCCAUAUGAAUGCCCAAACUGCAAGAAACGUUUUUCCCAUUCUGGUUCCUAUAGCUCACACAUAAGCAGUAAAAAAUGUAUCAGCUUGAUGCCUGUGAAUGGGCGACCAAGAACAGGACUCAAAACAUCUCAGUGUUCCUCACCAUCUCUCUCAGCAUCACCAGGCAGUCCCACACGACCACAGAUACGGCAAAAGAUAGAGAAUAAACCCCUUCAAGAACAACUUUCUAUAAACCAAAUUAAAACUGAACCUGUGGAUUAUGAAUUCAAACCCAUAGUGGUUGCUUCAGGAAUCAACUGUUCAACCCCUUUACAAAAUGGGGUGUUUAGUGGUGGUGGCCCAUUGCAGGCAACCAGUUCUCCUCAGGGUGUGGUGCAAGCUGUUGUUCUGCCAACAGUUGGUUUGGUGUCUCCCAUAAGUAUCAAUUUAAGUGAUAUUCAGAAUGUACUUAAAGUGGCCGUAGAUGGUAAUGUAAUAAGGCAAGUUUUGGAGAAUAAUCAAGCCAAUCUUGCAUCCAAAGAACAAGAAACAAUCAAUGCUUCAUCCAUACAACAAGGUGGCCAUUCUGUUAUUUCAGCCAUCAGUCUUCCUUUGGUUGAUCAAGAUGGAACAACCAAAAUUAUCAUCAACUACAGUCUUGAGCAGCCUAGCCAACUUCAAGUUGUUCCUCAAAAUUUAAAAAAAGAAAAUCCAGUCCCCACAAACAGUUGCAAAAGUGAAAAGCUACCGGAAGAUCUUACUGUUAAAUCUGAGAAGGACAAAAACUUUGAAGGGGGAGUGAAUGAUAGCACUUGCCUUCUGUGUGAUGACUGUCCAGGAGACCUUAAUGCACUUCCAGAACUGAAGCACUAUGACCUAAAGCAGCCUGCACAGCCGCCUCCACUCCCGGCAGCGGAAGCUGAGAAGCCUGAGUCCUCUGCCUCAUCAGGGACUGGAGAUGGCAAUUUGUCUCCCAGCCAACCACCUUUAAAGAACCUCUUGUCUCUUCUGAAAGCGUAUUAUGCUUUGAAUGCACAACCAAGUGCAGAAGAGCUCUCAAAAAUUGCUGAUUCAGUAAAUCUGCCACUGGAUGUAGUAAAAAAGUGGUUUGAAAAGAUGCAAGCUGGACAGAUUUCAGUGCAGUCUUCAGAACCGUCUUCUCCUGAUCCAGGCAAAGUAAAUAUCCCUGCAAAGAGCGAUGAUCAGCCUCAGUCUGCAAAUGCAAGUGAACCCCAGGACAGCACAGUAAAUCUGCAGAGCCCUUUGAAGAUGACAGACUCUCCCAUUUUACCAGUGGGAUCAGCCAGCAAUGGUUCUGGAAGUAGUACGCCAUCCCCAUCACCGCUAAACCUCUCCUCAUCCAGAAAUGCACAGGGUUACUUGUACACAGCAGAGGGUGCACAAGAAGAGCCACAAGUAGAACCUCUUGAUCUUUCAUUACCAAAGCAACAGGGAGAAUUGCUGGAAAGGUCAACUAUCACUAGUGUUUACCAGAACAGUGUUUAUUCUGUCCAGGAAGAACCCUUGAACUUGUCUUGCGCAAAAAAGGAGCCACAAAAGGACAGUGGCGUUACAGACUCAGAACCAGUUGUAAAUGUAAUCCCACCAAGUGCCAACCCCAUAAACAUUGCUCUCCCUGCGGUCACUGCCCAGCUGCCCACAAUCGUGGCCAUCACUGACCAGAGCAGUGUCCCGUGCUUGCGUGCACUCGCUGCCAAUAAGCAGACCAUUCUGAUCCCCCAGGUGGCCUACACGUACUCUGCCACAGUCAGCCCCGCAGUCCAGGAACCACCCUUGAAAGUGAUCCAGCCAAAUGGAAAUCAGGAUGAAAGGCAAGACACUAGCUCAGAAGGAGUAUCAAAUGUGGAGGAUCAGAAUGAUUCUGAUUCUACACCACCCAAAAAGAAAAUGCGGAAGACAGAAAAUGGAAUGUAUGCUUGUGAUUUGUGUGAUAAGAUAUUCCAGAAGAGUAGUUCAUUAUUGAGACAUAAAUAUGAACACACAGGGAAGCGGCCCCACGAGUGCGGCAUCUGCAAGAAGGCGUUCAAACACAAGCACCACCUGAUCGAGCACCUGCGCCUGCACUCGGGGGAGAAGCCCUACCAGUGCGACAAGUGCGGCAAGCGCUUCUCGCACUCGGGCUCCUACUCGCAGCACAUGAACCACCGCUACUCCUACUGCAAGCGUGAGGCGGAGGAGCGCGACGGCGACGGCCACGCGGGGCGGCCGCGCGCGGGGGGUGCGGGGCCGCCGGGCGCCAGGGCAUCGCCCUCGCAGGGGGACUCGGACGAGAGGGAGAGUUUGCCGAGGGAAGAGGACGAGGACAGCGAAAAGGAGGAGGAGGAGGAGGAGAAAGAGAUGGAAGAAUUGCAGGAAGAAAAGGAAUGUGAAAAACCGCAGGGGGAGGAGGAAGAGGAGGAGGAGGAGGAGGAGGAGGAGGAGGAGGGAGACGAGGCGGAGCUUGAGGGAGAAGCGGCAGAAACCGAAGGUCCGGUGAUGGAGGAGGCAGCUGCGAGCCGAGCGAGCAGCUUAGAACGGAAAGGCAGCGAGGAUAGCGAGCAGGGGUCGGAAGAAAAGACAAAUGAAGCCUGAUAGUUUUCUAGAAGGAAAGUAAGUUCUAAAUUGGUAAUGAAGUUUGCUCUAUAUUAUCCAUGCUUCUCAUGGAAACACAGUAACCUGUAUGCUGUGAUUCCUGUUCACUACUGUGUAAAGUAAAAACUAAAAAAAUACAAAAAAAAAAACAAACCCAAACAAAAAAAAUCCGGGUGUGCCUGAACCUCAGACCUAGUAAUUUUUCAUGCAGUUUUCAAAGUUAGGAACAAGUUUGUAACAAGAAGCAGAUUAGAAAAAUGACUCAGAAAGCGAAGAUUAACAGGUUAAAGGAAACUGAUUAUUAGAUAAGCAUCUGGCAUGGUUUUAUUUUAUCAGUAUUAAUUAUCACUCUUAUGUUGGUUUAUUCUUAAGCUGUACAAUUGGGAGAAAUUUUAUAAUUUUUUAUUGGUAAACAUAUGCUAAAUCCGCUUCAGUAUUUUAUUAUGUUUUUUAAAAUGUGAGAACUUCUGCACUACAAAAUUCCCUUCACAGCGAAGUAUAAUGUAGUUCCAACCCAUGCUGACUACCUUUUAUAAAUUCAGUCUAGAAGGUAGUAAUUUCUAAUAUUUAGAUGUCAUUGUAGAGCAUAUUAACAUUUAAAGUGUAUUGUUAGCCUUAAGAAAGCAGCUGAUAGAAGAACGGAAGUUUCUUACUCAAAUGUGGUUUAAAAUGGAGUUCAGAAGAUCGUCAUGAAGUUCUGACUGCAGGGACUAACAGUGUUAAUACUGGUAAGGACAGCGAAGUCGUCAGAAUCAGUGUUUGUGACUGUGUUGAGUGUGCGGUAACAGGUAUGAAGGACAUGACAUGCAGCUGUGCGUCUCCUUGGCCUUAAGCAAGACCGUGUGCUGUAAGUGCCAUUCCUCAGUGUUGUCAAGGCCCUCACCCGCCUUCCUCCAGCGCGUGGCCUACAAUAACUAGCAUUUGUUGAUUUGUUUGUUGUAUCAAAAUUCCCAAAUAAAACUUAAAACCACUGACUCUGUCAGAGAAGCUGAAACACUGGGACAUUUCAUCCUUUAAUUCCUCAGUAUUCAUUUUGCGUUAAUUGACUCAGAAUUUCUCUGCAGAAACGAAAGGGAAAUUUUCUAAUCUGCUUUAUCCACGUACUUGCAUUUCACACGUGGACAUGCCAUUGUUAUUUGGCUCAUAACGUUUCCAAAUGUUAGUUAUUAUGGACCCAGUUUAUUAACAUUAGCUGAUUUUUACCUAUCAGUAUUAUUUUAUUUCUUUUAGUUUAUAGAUCUGUGCAACAUUUUUGUACUGUAUGUCUUCAAACCUGGCAGUAUUAAUACCCUUCU